AUGGAUAUCGGAGCUCAAUACCGUCGAUAUAUCAGCUACCUCAAUGAAGGAAGAGUUCACGAUCUCAGUGAUUUUGUUCAUGAAGAAUUAAUCUACAACGAUGAACCAAUGACUCGAGCCGACUACCAAAAUUACAUCGCAGACGAUUUCGCCCGCAUUCCUGAUCUCCACUUCGAUAUUCACCAACUCAUAGUCAGCGAUAACCAUGUCGCCAGCAGGAUUCGAUUCAACUGUACUCCGGAGGCGGACUUUCGUGGUCAUGCACCGAAUGGGCAAAAGAUUUCUUUCGUAGAGCAUGUUUUCUAUCAAUUCGAGAACGGUAAAAUUCGACAAGUUUGGUCGCUGUUGGAUGAUCGAGCCAUUCACGCUCAGAUGGAAAAAGAAAAAACCAUUAAGGUUAAUGAAGGUUCGAAAUGA